AUGAAGCCUCACUCCAAGCUUCCUGAACAUCAAAUCGCAAUUAUCCAAUAUGAAGGCGGUAACAUCCGAGCCACUCCCGGACUGAAGAUUCCCGAUAUUGAAACACAUCAGAUGUUAGUGAAAACUGUCGCUGUGGGUUUGAAUCCCUGUGAUUAUAAAAUGCCGGCUCGCUUCCCCACGCCUGGUCUCUGGGAUGGUUGCGACUUCGCCGGGAUAGUUGUCGCUCUAGGUAGUGAAGCCGUAAAACAGGGACGAUUCCGUCUCGGUGACCACGUUUUCGGUGCUGUUCAAGGCUCAAAUCAGGCAAACCCAGAGUCAGGCGCCUACUGUGAAUAUAUAAAGGCGGAACCCGACUUUUUAUUUCACGUUCCAAAGGGGAUGUCCAUCACCACAGCCGCUGCCAUUUCGGGUACGGCCAUCGCAACACUUGGAGUAGCGUUGUUCUGGUCUCUUGAGCUCCCGGGAAAUUUAGACCAGCCCGUGGCUAAAGGGGAAGAUGUUUUGAUCUACGGGGGCAGCAGUACUCUUGGACUUCUCGCCAUUCAAAUGGUAAAGCUAUGCGGACACCGGGUCAUCACUACCUGCUCACCUCACAACAUUGAUCUGGUUAGAUCCUAUGGUGCAGACUUGGUUUUUGACUACAAUUCGCCAAAGUGCGCCGAUGACAUCCGCGCGGCUACCAAAAAUACUCUACGCUUCGCUCUGGACCCUUUUGCUGAGGCCAAGACCUUGAGACUUUGCUACUCUGCAAUUUCUAGAACCGGUGGCCGAUACUGUGCAUUGGAGCAGUAUCAGGAACAGCUUUGCACCCGCCGAAGGGUUAAACAUGAGCUCGUUAUGGGAGGCGCCAUCGCUGGCCGCGGUGUCAAUCUCCCGGAACCUUACGGUAUUCCACCAAAUCCCAAGAUUGGGAAAUGGGCUCAGACAUGGUACCUUACUGUGCAGCAGUUGGUGGAAGAUGGAAAACUAAGACCUUGUCCAUUUCAAAUAAUCCCCGGCCGCUUCGAUGGGAUUAUGACCGGACUGGAGCUCCUUCGGAAAGGAAAGGUCUCCGGGCGGAAGCUCAUUGUAAAGCUGGCAGAAGACGAAAAUUGCGACAUUUAG